GUUUCUUCGCUACUCUCGAGUCCCUCCAAUUUUCAUAUCCCUUUCGCGAUUUCAUAUUUGGCAAAAACAAAGGGAACAACCCACAAAUUUGGAAUUUAUAAUAUUUGUUGCUGUCAUCAUUGAUCGUCGUCAUCAUCCCAAAAUUCUGCAGAUUUUUCUUCAAUUCCUCUCCUCACCAGUCACCCAAAAAACAAAAUUAAGAAAUAUCGCCUCCACAACUUGCUUUGCCUAAUUUCCCCGCUCUCAAUUUCCCCCUUUGGCGCACUGUCUUCUCUCCCGCGUUUCGUUAUUAAUGUGAGCGACACCGACGAUCUACAUUCUGCGUUCUGCAUUCAUUGCUCGGACUUGUGUAUCGAUCAAUGCUGUCAAACAACCAUAGCUGCAGUCCUCCUACUCCUAGAACUAGAUUGGAAAGGCUUCUUAGGGAAAGAGAGCUCAGGAGAUCAAACCGGUCUUCUUCUCUCAAUGAGGAGGCACGAGAUGGUUAUAGUCUGGGAGAAGUCAACAGCAGCGAUCUCUUCACAAACUUUGGUGGAAGUUAUGGGUCAUUUUACGAGGAAGACAUCUUGGAAGGCGUGUCAGUGGCAAAAGACUUCAGUGAUGCAUUACAAAGGCCAGAAGGGAGGUAUUCUAAGCAACGCCUUCUAGUUGUAGCUAAUAGGUUGCCUGUGUCUGCUGUUAGGAGAGGGAAGGAAACAUGGCAUCUUGAAAUUAGCGUUGGUGGUCUAGUCAGUGCACUUUUAGGACUAAAGGAAUUUGAGGCAAGAUGGAUUGGUUGGGCUGGUGUGAAUGUCCCGGAUGAAGCCGGACAGAGAGCCCUAGAGAAAGCAUUAGCUGAAAAGAAAUGCAUACCAGUCUUUCUUGACGAGGAGAUAGUUCAUCAGUAUUACAAUGGCUACUGUAACAACAUCUUGUGGCCACUAUUUCAUUAUCUUGGUCUUCCACAAGAAGAUCGCCUUGCAACAACGCGUAGUUUUCAGUCACAGUUUGAUGCAUAUAAGAAGGCAAACCAAAUGUUUGCUGAUGUUGUAAACAAAUAUUACGAAGAGGGAGAUGUUGUUUGGUGUCAUGAUUAUCACUUGAUGUUUCUCCCAAAGUGUCUUAAAGAGCAUAAUAAUAAGAUGAAAGUUGGUUGGUUCCUUCACACCCCAUUUCCAUCCUCAGAAAUACAUAGAACUCUGCCAUCUCGUACAGAGCUUUUGAGAUCUGUUCUGGCAGCCGAUUUAGUUGGUUUCCACACAUAUGAUUAUGCUAGGCAUUUUGUCAGUGCCUGCACCCGUAUUCUUGGAUUGGAGGGUACACCUGAAGGAGUAGAGGAUCAAGGAAAACUGACUCGCAUAGCUGCUUUUCCUAUUGGAAUAGAUUCUGACCGAUUCAUUCGAGCUCUUAAACUCCCUCAAGUCCAGGAUCAUGUUAAAGAACUUCAAGAAAGAUUUGCUGGACGAAAGGUAAUGCUGGGUGUUGAUCGUCUUGAUAUGAUUAAGGGAAUACCUCAAAAGAUUUUGGCAUUCGAAAAGUUUCUUGAAGAAAAUCCAAAGUGGCGUGAUAGAGUAGUUUUGCUGCAGAUUGCGGUGCCAACAAGAACAGAUGUUCGUGAUUAUCAAAAGCUAACGAGUCAGGUUCAUGAGAUUGUUGGGCGCAUAAAUGGGAGAUUUGGCACUCUUACUGCAGUUCCAAUACAUCAUCUGGAUCGUUCGCUUGACUUCCAUGCAUUAUGUGCUUUAUACGCUGUUACUGAUGUGGCACUAGUUACAUCGUUAAGAGAUGGAAUGAAUCUCGUGAGCUACGAGUUUGUGGCCUGUCAAGCUUCCAAGAAAGGCGUUCUUAUCCUAAGUGAGUUUGCAGGUGCAGCCCAAUCAUUAGGUGCUGGUGCUGUUUUAGUUAAUCCAUGGAAUAUCACUGAAGUUGCUGCUUCAAUUGGUUAUGCUUUGAAUAUGGAAGCAGAUGAAAGAGAAAGACGACACCAUCAUAACUUCAUGCACGUUACAACUCACACAUCCCAAGAAUGGGCUGCAACAUUUGUGAGCGAACUCAAUGAUACAAUAGUUGAAGCUCAGAUCAGGACAAGACAGAUACCACCUUUACUUCCAACUAGAGAGGCAGUGAAUCGUUAUGUUCAAUCACAUAACCGAUUGGUUAUUCUGGGUUUCAAUGCUACCUUAACUGAAGCAGUGGAUGCCCUUGGGAGAAGAUAUGGCCAAAUAAGAGACAUGGAUCUUAAAGUACAUCCAGACGUGAGAGAACCGUUGAAGAAACUUUGUGACGACCCGAAUACGACGGUGGUUGUCCUCAGUGGAAGUGACAGAAGUGUCCUGGAUGAUAACUUCGGUGACUACAACAUGUGGCUGGCAGCGGAAAAUGGGAUGUUCUUACGUCCUACUAAGGGAGAGUGGAUGACAACAAUGCCUGAAAAUUUACAUAUGGACUGGGUGGAGAGCGUUAAGCAUGUUUUCGAGUAUUUCACUGAAAGAACUCCUCGAUCUCAUUUCGAGCUUCGCGAAACUUCUCUUCAGUGGAACUACAAGUUUGCAGAUGUUGAGUUUGGAAGACUUCAAGCAAGGGAUUUGCUGCAGCAUCUUUGGACUGGUCCAAUCUCAAAUGCCUCAGUUGAUGUUGUCCAAGGCAGCCGAUCAGUCGAGGUCCGAGCAGUUGGUGUGACAAAGGGUGCUGCCAUUGAUAGAAUCUUGGGAGAAAUAGUUCGUGAUAAAGGCACAAACCAGCCUAUUGACUACGUUCUUUGUGUUGGACACUUCCUAACCAAGGAUGAAGACGUCUAUACAUUUUUCGAGCCCGACCUACCUUCCGAAGUGCCGCCUACAGCAAGAGCAACAGUCACCACCAACCCUUUUGGAGUACCAGUGCCAAAGCUCCCAAACAGUGGAGUCCCGCCCAAGUCGACGACGACACGCCUCAAGAAACAGCGUUCCCUUUCUGUUUUAGAAAGAAGAGCAAACAGCCACGGCAGUGCAGUGUUUUGGAGGCCUAUAAUGCAGGACCGAUUGUCGCUGCACGAGGGCUCGUCCGUUCUUGAUCUCAAGGGUGACAAUUACUUCUCCUGUGCUGUAGGGCGGAAGCGGUCGAAUGCGAGAUAUCUUCUCGGAUCAUCGGAUGAUGUCGUCAAACUUGUGAAGGAGCUGGCCGAAUGUUCAGCUUCAAGUUGAGUCGAAUGAGUCGAAUGGUGUUGUUAGGAAUGGAUCAGGGGGAAUUCUCCAUGGUCACUCACAGUGUAUUUUUAGUGAAUAGUAGCAAUAAGUUGACAUCUUCCUUUCCUUUUCCUUUCAAUUAGAUGUAUUCAAAUUUCAUAA